AUAAACAAUAAACUCCUAUCACUUCAAUAGAGUAUUAUUAUAUUAAAUAAUUUAAAAAAUUUCUUUCAACUUCCAAGCGUUAUAAUGAGUGACAAUACUGAAACUACUUCAACAACUAAUCCAACUCCAACCCCUAACGACAUUAUGGCACUACCACAAUGUAAGGAGGUUCGAGCACAACAUGUUAACGGUGGUCAUACAUUUCUUGUAACAACUGUGGUCACUGAAACGAUCACCAAAACUGACAUCAGUGCAACUCAGCAAUUAACUCCAGUACCAAUUAAUCCACGUUUGCCAGAAUAUACAACAAUAGCUCAGCAAGCCAGCGCAUUACCAGAAACCGAAUUACCUGAAACAAAUCCGAUAAAUGCUAUUGUGCCACUAUCAUCGUCCUUGCCAUCAAAGCUUUUGCGAUUUCAUGCCAAACGUUCCGCUCAGGCAUUAUUACAUCAAAUUGAACAAUCGCAAUCGCAAUCGCUGGAUUCUCAAUUUUGUGGUAGUGAAGAAGGUGCUACAAUUAGUAGUUUAGAAGGUAAUGAACAGCUAGAUGAACGCAUUACACCUUCUCCGACUCUGUCAAUGUCACCUACAGCACCGGCAAUGUCACCACCACCACCAAACUCAUCACCAGUAGAAUUUAUAGAUGUUGGUAUGGGUUCAUCUAUAGAAGGCUCCGAAGAAUCUGAAGAAGAUGACGAACUUAAACCUUUGGCUGUUGAUAAUCAUAUGCUAUAUGACGUUGAUCUUAGUUCUCCACCACGUGAAGUACGUACAUCACCAACUCAUGAACUUGCACCAGCUGUUUUGAGCGAAGCUAAUUUGGAGAAAUUCCAUAAACAUCAACAUCAACAACAUCCAAGUAACUAUUUCCAAAUGGACAACAUUUAUUUGCAUCCCAAUUUUAAACAUGAACUUGAAAACAACAAUAAAGAUAACACCAAUCCUCUCAAUGAUGAGACAACAAUCACAACCACUAGUGUUGGCACUAACACUACUCCUACAAUCGAGCCAAAGCGUGUGCAUCGUUCAUUCCUUACAAUGAAAAAGCCAACAGCUUUACAAAUUGAUGUGGAGAAAGCUAAUUCCAUAGUUUCGCAAAGCACUGCUUCCAGUAACACUGAACCAACUGGUGAACAUACACCAGUCAACGAAAUCGAUACAUUGGAUCCAACAUUGAUACCAAGCGAUGAAUUGGCUGCUGAAAUCACUGAUGCUGUUGAGUUUUACUUCUCCAAUGAUAGCAUAUUGAAAGAUGCCUUCCUGCUCAAGCAUGUUCGUCGCAAUAAGGAAGGAUUUGUUAGUUUAAAAUUAGUGUCGAGUUUCAAACGCGUGCGUCAGUUGACCAAAGAGUGGAAGGUUGUUGGCAAUGCUGUGCGUCGCAAAUCAAAUAAAAUAGAACUCAAUGAUUUGGGCACCAAAGUGCGUCGCCUUGAACCGUUGCCAAAUUUCGAUGAAACGAUGCCAUCGCGUACUAUUGUUGCUUGCGAUUUGCCGCUCGAUAAAUUGACCAUAGAAAAAGUUUCAGAUAUUUUCUCAAAAUGUGGCGAAAUUGCACUCAUACGUAUUUUAAAACCAGGUAUGGCCAUACCGGUCGAUGUAAGGCAGUUUAUGAAUAAAUAUCCAGAAAUGCAACAAAAAGAAUGUGCACUUGUUGAAUAUUUGGAAUCAUCAUCAGCACGUGAUGCUAAACAUUUGGAAGGGCCAUUCCAGGUUUAUGAAAUGGUAGCACCGAAGAAGAAAACUGGUAAGAAGGCAGUUAUACAGAUUGCAGCACCUGUGGCUCGCAUGGUUGAAAAUUAUCGCUAUUAUAAUGAUAUGAAUUACGAGAGAACACGUGGUGGCAGUUUUAGUGGAAUAUUAGCUCACGACGGUGCCGAUAUGCGUUUCAAGCUCAAACGUAAUAACUCGGAUUUCAAUCCAAAAACAGCCAGUGAUGCCUAUCACAACCAUAAUCAACACUACUAUAAAAAUCCACAACAACGCCAACAAAGUCCCACGCAUCGUGGAAGUUUUAGCAAUGAUCAUGCACAUCACUACCAACAUUAUCAACCACGCGGCAGUAUACAUCAUGAGUCAGCUCAUCAGCAGACACAUCAUGCUGCUUCCUCACCUAGUGGCAACAUGAAUUUUUUUUCUUAUGCGCCACGGCGCUACAGCAAUACUUCAACUAUAUCUGCCAAUACAGCUGCUUUAGGUGAAAAUAAUGCUUCAACAGCGCCUACUAAUAGUAACCACAACAACAACAACAACAUUAUCAAUGCUAAUAAUGGCAGCACAAUUGCCCGACGCCUAUCAAAUGGUUCUGAACACUUUCAACAUACUAGUGACAGUUCACGUCGCCCAUCAAAUUGUUCGGAAAAUCAACCGCAAAGACGGGAUUCUGAUUGCUCUGAAAGCUGUCCUUGUGGACGUCGCGUAUCUGAUUUUGCACCAUCUGAGCUACAACGAAAAACAUCACAAAGUUCUAUUGGUAGCCUUGAACGUCGUUUCUCUAAUAGCUCCAUACAAUUUGAGCGCUCGUAUUCGAACGCAAGUGAGCACGCCAAUAAUGGAAAUAAUAAUAUGUAUCCACGUCGAAUGUCUAACGAUUAUAAUUAUGAGCGUAAGCAAUCUUUGGAAACACAUACUGGAUUGCCAUAUGAAAAUGAUGGAAAUGUUGGAGGUGGUGGUGGUGGCUAUAUGAUCUUUCCACGUCGUUAUUCUAACAACUUUAAUAUUAACAACAAAUUAGCUGCCUAUGAUAAUGCACAAUACAUAAACGGCAGACGUAUAUCUACCGAUUCUGGUUACGAUCGACGUUACUCUUUUGGUUCGGAGUACGAAGGCUCUCCACGUUCGCGUACUGGUAGUUUUUUGAAUAAUUAUAAGCAUAGCAAUGAUUUCGAUGGACAACCACGUUCACGUACUGGUAGUUUUUUGGAUGGUUCACCACGUUCUCGUUCCGGUUCAUUUGCACAACGUAAUGCAGAAAACUUAGUACGCACACCUAUUGGCCCGGACGGCAGCAAGGGUUUCGGUUCACGAACAAGAAAAUUUGGACAAACUGUGUCGCCUGUAAAUUAGAAUAAUAAUGAAAUUGUGGUUUAGCAUGAAGAGGUGCAUAAAAAACACUGCCAUCGAAAUUCAGGAAGAUAUAUUGUGUUAUAGUUGUACGCGUAACUUGUUAACUAUUUUUAGGACUAAAACUAUAAAAUGUUUUAUUUUUGAAUAUUAAUUUCUUCCGAGAAGCUGUAAUGUUUUUAUGGUUAUCUUAAUAUUUCAUUAAAGAUUUAAAAGAAAAUAUUGCAAAAUGGU